AUGGCGCCUAAAAACAUCGGUAUCAAGGCCAUGGAGGUCUACAUUCCCACCAACUACGUCAACCAGGCUGAGUUGGAGAAGUUCGACGGUAUCCCAGCUGGUAAGUACACCAUUGGAUUGGGCCAGACCAACAUGGCGUUCGUUUCCGACAGGGAGGACAUCUACUCGAUUGCAUUGACCGCAACUUCCAGAUUGUUGAAGAACUACAAUAUCGACCCAAACUCCAUUGGUAGAUUGGAAGUGGGCACUGAGACCUUGUUGGACAAGUCCAAGUCUGUCAAGUCGGUGUUGAUGCAGCUUUUUGGCGACAACGACGACAUCGAGGGUGUGGACACCAUCAACGCCUGUUACGGUGGUACUUCUGCCGUCAUUAACGCCGUCAACUGGAUUGAGUCGUCGUCUUGGGACGGCAGAAACGCCAUCGUCGUGGCUGGAGACAUUGCCAUCUACUCUCAGGGAGCCGCCAGACCAACUGGUGGUGUGGGUUCUGUGGCCUUGCUUAUUGGUCCUGACGCACCUCUUGUGUUUGACUCUGUGAGAGGCUCGCACAUGGAGCACGCCUACGACUUCUACAAGCCAGACUUUACUUCCGAAUACCCAGUGGUGGAUGGCCACUUCUCUCUUACCUGCUACACCAAGUCCUUGGACCACGCGUACCAGAACUACUCCAAGAAGAUCACUAAGGAAGCCGGCAAGACCGUUGGUAUCUUGGACCACUUCGACUACUCUGCUUUCCACGUUCCAACCUGUAAGUUGGUGACCAAGUCUUUCGCCAGAUUGUUGUACAACGACUUCUUGUCCAACCCUGAAGCAUUCAAGGAGAAACUCGAGCCAGAGGUCUUUGAGCAGGUGUCUGCUUUGUCCUACGAGCAGUCCUUAACCGACAGAAAUGUCGAGAAGGUGUUCUUGGGUCUUGCUAAGGCUGAGAGUGCAAAGAGAGUCACCCCAGCUUUGAAGGUGGCCACCAACACUGGUAACAUGUACACUGCCUCGUGUUGGUCGUCUUUGGCUUCUGUGUUGUACUUUGUUGGCAGCGAAGCCUUGCAAGGUAAGAAGAUUUCCGUGUUCUCUUACGGUUCUGGUCUUGCUUCCACUUUCUUGUCAUUGAACGUGGUUGGCGACAUCUCUGCCAUCACCAAAGUGUUGGACUUGGACUUCAAGUUGGGCGAGGGUAGAAAGCAGAGAACUCCCCAGGAGUAUGUUGAGGCCAUUGAGUUGAGAGAGAAGGCUCACUUGCAGAAGAGCUUCAAACCUUCUGGUUCUGUCGACGACAUUGCUUCUGGUGCCUACUACUUGGUUGACAUCAACGACAAAUUCCAGAGAGCUUACGAGCAUGGAAUCAGACCUGAUGGUUACUUGCAAGAGGGAUUGACCAGACCAAAGGGUGGUGAGGAAGGAUUCUCUACCUUCUUUUCUGAGACUGGCUCGGGUAAAUACGUUCCAAGAGCCUUAUACGUGGACUUGGAGCCCAAUGUGAUCGACGAGGUCCGUACUGGUGCCUACAAGGACUUGUUCCACCCAGAGCAGUUGAUUGCCGGUAAGGAGGACGCUGCUAACAACUACGCUAGAGGUCAUUACACCGUAGGAAGAGAAAUCUUAGACGAUGUUCUUGACAGAGUUAGAAGAAUGUCUGACCAAUGUGAUGGUUUGCAGGGUUUCCUCUUCACUCACUCCUUGGGUGGAGGUACCGGUUCUGGUUUGGGCUCUUUGCUCUUGGAGCAGUUGUCCAUCGACUACGGUAAGAAGUCCAAGUUGGAGUUUGCCGUCUACCCAGCCCCUCAGGUGUCUACUUCCGUUGUGGAGCCAUAUAACACUGUUUUGACUACUCACACCACCUUGGAGCACGCUGACUGUACCUUCAUGGUUGACAACGAGGCUAUCUACGAUAUGUGCCGUAGAAACUUGGACAUUGCUAGACCAAGCUUCAACUCUUUGAACAGCUUGAUUGCCCAAGUUGUGUCCUCUGUUACUGCUUCCUUGAGAUUUGAUGGUUCUUUGAACGUCGACUUGAACGAAUUCCAGACCAACUUGGUUCCAUACCCAAGAAUCCAUUUCCCAUUGGUAUCUUACGCUCCAGUGUUCUCUAAAGCCAGAGCCAACCACGAGUCCAAUUCUGUUUCUGAAAUCACUGCCUCUUGUUUCGAGCCAGGUAACCAAUUGGUCAAGUGUGACCCAAGAUUGGGUAAGUACAUGGCCACUUGCUUGUUGUACCGUGGUGAUGUUGUCACCAGAGACGUGCAGAACUCUGUUGCCCAGAUCAAGUCCAAGAAGACUGUUCAGUUGGUGGACUGGUGUCCUACUGGAUUCAAGAUCGGUAUCUGCUACCAGCCUCCAACUGCCAUUGAGGGCUCUGAAUUGGCCUCUGCCAAGAGAGCUGUGUGCAUGUUGUCCAACACCACUGCUAUUGCUGAGGCUUGGAAGAGAAUUGACAAGAAGUUCGACUUGAUGUACUCAAAGAGAGCUUUCGUGCACUGGUACGUUGGAGAAGGUAUGGAAGAGGGAGAGUUCACUGAGGCUAGAGAGGAUUUGGCUGCUUUGGAGAGAGACUACGAGGAGGUUGGUACCGACUCGUUCCCAGAGGAAGAAGAGGAGUACUAG